CUAAACUACACUCUAUCCAUCAACUGUCAAAUGCUGUUUCUUUGAGUCAGUUUAUCAGGCCAACUAAUUAAAUUCUUCGUGUUUAAAAUGUGUGAGAACUUGGAUCCCAACAGAGUCCGUUGCGAUGUGUGCCGCACCAUUAACUUGGCGAAACACGUCAAACACCCCAAACCAGACAUGCAGAUAUAUGAAAAAUGUAGACCGGUGGAAAAAGUACCAUGCACUCGAGUUACAGAACUUCCACUGAACCCGACAUGCAUAAAGGUAUGCACUAAAGAGGAAUACAAACUAAAGAAAGGAGGCAAGACCGUCGUGCCGCGAAUGCCUUACUAUGCACAUGGAAAACUUCUCUACGCUGUCAAAGCUGGUCUCCUGGUAGGAUCCGUCUACUUCACGUAUACGCAAGGAGUGUGGGGCGACCAACAAGACGUCACAGAAUGCUUAAAGCGAUGGCAAGAGUACAUUAGAAGCAUCAACACGCGGCGCCCGCCCACCUUCGACCAGUGUGGUAACGUUAUCAGAAAGGAGUCUAGCGAGAGCUUGAUAGCGCCCGUCUACAGUAUGUAUAAAGGUCUUGUUACAACGAUUUUUUCUGGUGUAGUCAAAUUUCCAGUGAUAAUCAAAUGUGCUUACAUUGAUUAUCUAAAGGCCAUGAAAAAGAGGGAAGAAGAAGAUAGAAUGGAAAGGAAAAUCAGAAAGAAAGGAUAAAAGACUAAGUUAUUUAAAUUAAGAAUACAUCCGAGAGUUUAAAAUAUGAUAAAAAGCAAUAAGCAUAAAGCAUAAUCGUAAUUUGUCACUGUAGAAACUGAUGUCAACUAAAAUAAUGUAAUAAACAUAAUAAAACAUCA